AUGGCUGUGAAGGCGCGGCCUCUCAACUGCAGCUCUGUUCCGCCGCCAACAUUGGACCUGCGCGGUCGUGUCCGUCUGAGAGUGAUUAAUACUGGUGGUCACCCCAAAACCAAGUACCAUAUCCGCGGGACAAGAGGAGUAUAUGAAAGCGAAAAGCUGACUAUUCAUCCUAACACCUCGAACAUGCCUAUAGAAAAUUAUGCCUUGACCCCAAUCCUCACAACCCAACCCAAGACAGACACUACCUUUGCUUCGCAGAGAAGCGGUAUCAGAGACGCCCAGCUUACAGUUGAGCGAUCCCCGGCAGAGAAGUCAGUGCUACAAUCGGCACUAGGGAUCCGUCCAGACAACUUUAAUCGUCCUACCGGUAGUAUCAACCGCACAUCUUGGGUGCCACCGACGUCUAACACGGCUCUCUUGGCAUUGCCACCCACAGAAUGGAAACACGUUGUACAACAGCCAGCGACUGCUCAGGAGCUUGUUGUGCCACACUUUAAGACCUAUGGCGAGGACCACUGGAUUGAACUAACGAUGAAUAACUUUGAUGAGAGAGGGCAUCCAUUGCACCUGCUAAUGAUGACCUCUGGCUUCUGCACUGCCAUGUGCUGUGGCAUCAGGCGGCUGGGAUGGGCAAUGUGUCGAGACCUCGACACAUUGCCAGCAGCUCUGGCCGCCAACAGCCUUAAGCUGCAGAGCAUUGUGCCUGAGCUUGGCUUCUGGUACACCACCGACGAGCCCGACACGCACAACUGGGUUGGAUUGUACAAGCCCGGCGAGCGUCCCGACAACAAAGACACCAAGUAUCACUACCAGGUUGUGCAGUACGCCCUCGCCCCCGCGGGUCCUGUCUACAUCAACCGCCGCAAGUAUGAUAUCAAGUCGGGCAGGUUCGACACCUACCUGCUCAAAUACGACUACAAGAUUCUCGCCAGUCCCGUUUCCAUUGACACGAACCUCAACAAUGUUGCCGUGCGCUCAGGCAGCACCGCCGACUCGUUGCGCAUCUACUACUCUACGGACCAAGCUGACAACACCAACUGGCUUGCCAUCUACAAGGAGGGAUACACGCCUACCAAGGAGGACACCAAGUACCACUACUCCAAGUGGCAGUACGCCCCAGGACCUAGCAACACGCUCACCUUUAGUCGAUCCGACUUUAAGGAUGGCAAAUACAGUGCAUACAUCUUGGCGAAGAAUGGAUACACUGUCCUUGCUAGUCCUAUCCCGUUGCCCCAAAAUUAG